GUACGUUCAGAUAGCUAGAAAGUAAAGGAGCUGUAAAUUUGUAUAAUUUUGCGAUUUGCUUGCAAGACUGAAGAAAAUGAGUACCAGUUUGGACAUAAGACUCAAGCGAGCCAAUAAAGUAUAUCAUGAAGGGGAAGUGCUGGCUGGUGUUGUGGUUGUUAUCUGCAAGGAGGCGGUACAACACCAGGGCAUUUCUCUUACUAUGGAGGGGAUAGUCAACCUGCAGCUCAGCUCCAAGAGCGUGGGUGUCUUUGAGGCUUUCUACAACUCUGUCAAGCCCAUCCAGCUGAUCACCAGCAACAUUGAGGUGGUGAAACCGGGGAAGGUCCCCGGGGGCAAGACUGAGAUCCCCUUCGAGUUCCCGCUGCACGUCAAGGGCAACAAAGUGCUUUAUGAAACCUACCACGGGGUCUUCGUCAACAUUCAGUACACCCUGCGCUGUGAUAUGAAACGCUCCCUGUUGGCCAAAGAUCUGAGCAAGACCUGUGAAUUCAUGGUCCACUGUCAGCCUCAGAAAGGAAAGGUGCUGCCUGGUCCAGUGGAUUUUACCAUCACUCCAGAGACACUGCAGAAUGUCAGAGAGAGAAGCUCCCUUCCCAAGUUCCUGAUCCGGGGCCGUUUGAACGCUACUAACUGUGUGAUCACCCAGCCACUGACAGGAGAGCUGGUUGUGGAGAGCUCAGAGGUGCCCAUUAAAAGCAUCGAGCUGCAGCUGGUCAGAGUGGAGACCUGUGGAUGUGCUGAGGGCUACGCACGAGACGCCACAGAGAUACAGAACAUCCAGAUCGCAGAGGGGGACAUCUGCCACGGCCUGCCCAUUCCCAUCUACAUGGUGUUUCCUCGCCUCUUCACCUGCCCCACGCUCGAAACCACCAACUUCAAAGUCGAAUUUGAAGUUAACGUGGUGAUAGUUCUGCACGAUGACCAUCUGAUCACUGAAAACUUCCCUCUGAAAUUGUGUCGGGUGUGAGGACCGUGCUGAGUGAGAGUGUCAGCCUCUGCCCGUGGCCGCAAACCAUUUCCGGAAUACUGGCAUGGACAAUUUCAUUGGACAACAGAAGUGGAACAAUUUCUUAUAACACAGUGAAUGAACUUCAUAGAACCAGAGUGGACGUUUUUGAUUGUUAUUAAUUGGACUUGUGAUCAAUUAAGCACCACCAGACAAAAAAGAUCAGUGGUUUAUUACUUAAGCUGACAUUAACACGACUGUUGCCAGCCCAUAAAACACUGUUGUUUGUAUUGUUUUCACGUGUAGUAAGUCAAAUUCAAGUCAAGACAAAGAGUGCUCGGCCUACAAAUGGGUUAAAAGCAACUUUAGUUGGCUUUUACUGUUUGUAACCUAUGGUGCCCAAUGUAGUACAGCUCAGCAGUAAUUAAUGAAUCUCUAUUGGUGAAGUCAGCGCUCCAGUGUGGUGACUCCCCUUCCUGGAAAGCCAGAGACUCCAGAUUGGGUGUGAUGGUGUGAAAGUUCCCCUCUCCUUAGCUGUGAGGAGCUGCUUUUAGACUCUACAGCAUGACAAGAGGGAAUCACGGGAGCAAACAUGUAAAUGAGGACCCAGGGUGUUGCUCGGCUUAUUUUGGGUUCCCAGGGAUUCUGUAUAUCGGUGAAUAAAUCAGCUGUGCUUAAACAUGUCUGCAAGUGUUGAUCAAAAUUUAAUUUACACCUGAUUCCCAGUGUUAGAAAUAUCAUGUGUAUAAACAAGCCGU